CCGGCGGCGCUGGGGUUAAUGUCCGCCACGCCCCGACCGCGCUGACUCAGUUUCACCAGAAACUUGGGGGAGGAGGCGGCCGAUCCCUAGUGCACCUGGCACCGGGGCGGAAGCGGCGGCCCGAGCUGCGCAGGAAGCCGGGACCGGAACCUCUGCAGGCCCGGCCCCACCCCACUCACCUGCGCAGAUCGCAAACACCCUUGGAGCCCAGAGGCCUGCACUGUGAAGGUGACCCCCGUGGGGAGGAGGGUGACGGCCCUGGGAGGACGAUGGCCGGCGCCCGCCUCUCCCAGGCCCGCAUCCUAGCGGUCGCGGUUUGGCUCCUGUGCGCGCUCGUCGUCCGGGGCACCGAGGCCGGGCCGCCGCCCGCGCCCCCCGAGCUGCCCACGGGAGCCGCCUGCCUGGACCGCUUUACCGCCGGGGUGCCUGACUUCGUGCUCGACACCGAGGCCUCGGUCAGCAACGGAGCCACCUUCCUGGGCUCCCCCACCGUCCGCCGCGGCUGGGACUGCGUGCGCGCCUGCUGCAUCACCCAGAACUGCAACCUGGCUCUGGUGGAGCUGCACCCCGACGGCGGGGAGGACGCCAUCGCCACCUGCUUCCUCAUGGACUGCCUCUAUGAGCAGAACUUCGUGUGCAAGUUCGCGCCCAGGGGGGGCUUCAUCAACUACCUCACGCGGGAGGUUUACCGCUCCUACCGCGAGCUGCGGACCCAGGGCUUUGGAGGGUCCCGGAUUCCCAGGGCCUGGGCAGGCGUGGACUUGAAGGUGCAGCCCCAGGAACCCCUAGUGCUGAAGGGUGUGGAGAACACAGAUUGGCACCUACUGCAGGGUGACACGGACGUCAGGGUAGAGAGGAAUGAUCCGGACCAGGUGGAGCUGUGGGGACUCAAGGAAGGCAUUUACCUGUUCCAGCUGACAGCUGGCUCAGAUGAGCUAGAGAGCACGACCAAUGUCACACUCACUGUGCUGUCCGCCAAGCAGACAGAAGAAUAUUGCCUCGCGUCCAGCAAGGUGGGCCGCUGCCGUGGUUCCUUCCCCCGCUGGUACUACGACCCUGCAGAACAGAUCUGCAAGAGUUUCGUGUAUGGAGGUUGCUUGGGCAACAAGAAUAACUACCUUCGGGAAGAAGAGUGCAAGCUGGCCUGCCGCGAUGUGCAAGGCCCCUCAGUGGAAAGGCACCAUCCAGUGUGCUCAGGCACCUGUCCGCCCACCAAGUUCCGCUGCAGCGAUGGCUGCUGCAUCGACAGCUUCCUGGAGUGUGACGACACUCCCGACUGCCCUGAUGCCUCCGACGAGGCCACCUGUGAAAAAUACACCAGUGGCUUCAAAGAGCUCCAGAACAUCCACUUCCGCAGUGACAAAGGGCACUGUGUGGACCUGCCAGACACGGGCCUCUGCCUAGAGAGCAUCCCACGCUGGUACUAUAACCCCUUCAGUGAACGCUGCGCCCGCUUUACCUAUGGCGGUUGUUAUGGCAACAAGAACAACUUUGAGGAGGAGCAGCAGUGUCUUGAGUCCUGCCAUGGCAUCUCCAAGAAGGAUGUAUUUGGCCUGCGGCGGGAAAGCCCCAUUCCCAGCGUAGGCUCCGUGGAGGUGGCCGUUGCAGUGCUCCUGGCCACCUGCAUUGUGGUGGUGGUAGCCAUCCUGGGUUACUGCUUCUUCAAGAACCAGAGAAAGAGCUUCCACAGACACCGCCACCGCCGCCCUCCACCCCCUACCCCCACCAGCUCCACAGUCUCCACCACCGAGGACACGGAGCACCUGGUCUAUAACCACACGACUCGACCCCUCUGAGCUGGAGUUGCCUUGGCCCUUCAGUCUGGGGCUCUCCCCAGCUCUCACCUGGCCCUGCUUCCUCCUUGCCAAAGUGGAGGCUGGGCUGGGGAAGACUUUGGGACCAGAUUCCUCCAGCCUGUUUCCCGGGACAAUUCUGCCUCAGAGGCCAGGGCUCCAGCCCCACCUGGAGGUGUCUCAGCUAAGCUCAGAGGCCAGUUGCUCCUGAGAAAGCUCAAGGAUCAGAGAGGAGCAGAAAACCCUUGAGCCAGGAGUCCUGCACACAGAUGGACCUCUCUGCCUAGGAUUUCAGAGGAAGUUGGAGUUUGCUUCUGGUUUGAAGCUGCCCGCCUCCACCCCAUGGCGUUGGGAAGGGGCCUGGGCCUGUGUCAGAAGCGGGAGGCCCUAACCCUGUCCUUCCAAGCUGCCCCUCCCACUCUGCACGGUCCAGGGCUUGGGGGAAGGACCUCCACAUUUUGUGCUGUACAGAGUUGCUUUUUGUUUAUUUAAUGCCGUGGGGGUGGGUGAAAAGAGUGGAAAGUGGCCAUCUGGCCUCUGCCUCUUCUCCUUCCCCCAAGAGUGAGCCCCAGCCCAGCCCGGCCUGGCAUACAGAGCCAGAUCCACCACAUCCUCCCCGCACCCUCCA